AUGGGGAAGAAGGGUUUAAACGCAGCUGCUUUUGGCAACGAGGGGUCAUAUUGUGGUUCCGGCUUUUCCCAGACCGUCAGAGUAUGCCUGCUGGGUGGCGACAUGUCUGUAAGCUGUACUAUUGCUUGGAUCCAUGUUCUAAUCGGACGAACACCUAUAAUAGAUAACGUGCCGUUCCAUGCAGGCGAACUCUAUCUAGGAUAUGGCUGCCCUGUCAAUGUAGUUGAGUCAAAUUUCCUCGGAUUCCUUUACCUCCUAAGUUUUUGUGGCAUCAGAGUGCAAGAGUAUCCAUUAGGUAUUGUCAUUGAAACUUCAGUCACGUAUGAGCCAACGUUUGCAGAUUUUAUUAUCCGCAUCCCAGUAUCAUGUUAUAGUCAAAGUAAGUUUCCAAUGGCUGUGAUGAUGAGAAUGAGAGACAAUACUGGAAGAGAAUGCAGAAGAUCAGUGGGACAGUCCUUACUAUCAUGUAAACCUGAGGUCUUGGGAUUCAGCCUAGACUCAUUGAUUAUGAGCAGUUAAUCCUUGCACCAACAAACUGUUAUCCCUUCCUGUCCAGUCUAAAAAUGAAGCUCUGAGUUGUAUGGGAUGAGGCA